GCUGGAGCCCGGCGGCUGCUGCUCGGCCCCGGGCGGCCCCCUCACGCCGCCCAAGAAGAUGAAGAAGCGCAAGGAGCUGAACGCGCUCAUCGGCCUGGGCCCGGGCGACGGGCGCGGCCGCAGCCGCCGCAGCCGCCGGGCCUGGAAGGGCGCCUCCGGCCACCGGCUGCUGCGCACCGAGCCGCCCGCCUCCGGCUCUGCGUCCAGCUCGGAGGACGAGGACGACGAUGACGACGACGACGACGAGGACGAGCGCGGCGGCGGCGGCGGCGGGGGAGGCGCCCGCGCGCGCUUCGCCAGAGGAGACUACUUCCGCUGCUGCAAGGUCUGCUACCCCCUGUGUGCGUUCGUGCUUCUGGCCGCGUGCGUGGUGGCCUGCGUGGGCCUGGUGUGGAUGCAGGUGGCCCUCAAGGAGGACCUGGAUGCCCUCAAGGAGCAGUUCAGGAUCUUGGAAUCUAAUCAGAAAAGCUCAUUCCAAGAGAUCCCCAAACUAAAUGAAGAACUCCUCCACAAACAAAAGCAGCUGGAGAAGAUUGAAUCUGGAGACCUGGGCUUGAGCAAAAUCUGGAUAAACAUCACAGAAAUGGCCAAACAGAUUGCUUUGUUGACUUCCACAGUGAACCACCUCAAAGCCAACCUCAAAUCGGCUUCGGAUUUGAUCAGCCUGCCUGCAACUGUCGAGGGCCUUCAGAAGAGCGUGGCCUCCAUCGGGAGCACCUUAAACAGCGUCCGUCUUGCUGUGGAGGCCGUACAGAAAACAGUCGAUGAGCACAAAAACACCAUUGAGACCCUUCGGAGUGACAUGAUCCAGCACCUCUCAAAGGAGAGCAGUAAGGCCCCAGGCCUGACCAGGAAAAGUCCAAGAGAGAAUUUCCAGCAGGACAUGCUGCACCUUCAGAGCUCUUUAGAAGAGGUCAACAGUACCCUCGUGGGGUACCAGAGACAGAAUGACCUUAAACUUCUGGGGAUGGAUGGGACAGUCAGGAAUCUGAGCCAGAGAGUCAACUCCAUAGAAAGCAGCCUGGUGGCUCUGACCAAGUUAGGAAAGAGAGAGAACCUGUCCUUCACUCUGAUGGCCAAUGGAGCUACUUCUCUGGAAAGAGACUCUCAUAGGACAGAUGGGGGACAAGCACAGAUCCUAAAGAAAGAAGACAGCCCAGACUCCCAGGCUUCCCAGCUGAGGGAGAAACUCCAACUGAUCACUGCUCUCACAGGCAAGCCGGAGGCCAGCAGGCCGCCAGAGGAGGCCUCCGAGGAAGAGAAAAGACAGAGUGCCCAGCCAAAGCCAUCCACACUCCCCAAAUUUUCCCGACGAUCUCUUGGAAACCAGGUGGAGACAGCUGCCCAUCUGAGACCUAUCUCCAGCCCAGCAGAUCUCCUGGAUUUGUUCCGAAGGAUGGGCCAGGGGCCUGAGGGGCAGCUGACCUACCAGGAUCUCUGGGACCUGCUCGGCUCUGCUGCCCCGUCUGCCCAGAGCAUGGCCAAGUUUGACACAGACAGAGAUGGGAGAUACUCGCUCUCGGAGUUGAGAUUGGCUUUAGGCCUUGAGCACACGGAGCAGAACUAGAAUUGGAAGCCCCGUCCGGGCCUCCAGCCAGCCAGCCAGCCACCGCCGGCCGCAUCCCCCCUCCCUCAGCCCACCACUCCCCACGUUUGCAGAACUGCACGGCCCCUCUCAUUUGGAGAAUCUAGAUAAAGGUUAUUUUUUUAAAGAGAACAUUUCCUUCUGCUCGGAUGCUCAGCAGUCACGGUGCUUGUAGGGCGCCUGUGGGAAUGUCGCUUCCUGCUUCCUCUCUGGUCCCUUUUGAGGAGCAAGACUGUGUCUGUAACCUGAAAAUCCGUGUAUAUAUAGAGAGAAACCCCUAUUUUCUAUUUUACAUAAAUUUGCCUUAAAUUAGCUGCACUUUAUAGAAACCCAGAAAAAUCUUGUCUUUUCUGUCCAAGAGAGGCCUUUUCCAAGCAUUCGUCAGUAGUUGACAUUGAACAGGGAAAUGUAUGCACUGGGGGACAGUGAGAAAACAGUCGAAGAUCAGCCAUUAGUGUCUAGACACUUCCCAAAUGACCCAGGCAGGAGGGCUGCGGCAUCCCUGGGGUUUUCUCACUGAGCGGCCCCCUGCCCCUCACCCGGCCCCAACCAGAGUCAGCCAAGGGCUUUUUGAGCCCCCCAGCCUUGUUGGACGCUCUUCAGAUUGUUGAGCUUCGCUCAAGUGUUUGCAGGAAAGGAUGGCACUGCACCCUGGGAUCCAGCCUCCCCUCCAGCUGAUAGGACGGACACGGGCUCAUCCCUCACGUGUGGCUGUGGCCUGGGCACCAGGGUGCUCUGGAGGCUACCUCUUCUCUGCCACCACUGGGGUCACAGGUUUUUGCAGGCAAUGAGGUCACAAUAUGAAAUGUCCCAUGUGUCAUGCCCUUGGGCAAGACAGGAGGCUAGAAUCCCCUCAAAUCUUAGCAAGUGCAAUAUCUUUUCUUCUCCUGCCCCCAACGGUGGGGUUGUUGGUGUUUGUCCAGUGCUGGGGGGGAGUCUUCUCUGCCUCCCGGGCAGUAAGUUCCAGCCCAUCUGCCAUUCCCAGAAGUGUCUGCAGAGCUCAUCAGUGGGCACCAGAGAGGCUGGAGAUGAGCUUUGUCCUGGUGUUGGGCCCUUCGCAACCUUGCAGUAAAGUAUCGUGCAUGCUUGGGUAAAUGCUGUUCCUUUGGCAUGGCCCUGAACUUAAACUUGAUUCACAGAAACCUCGUCAGGUGUGAAGAUCAGCUAGGGAUAAGCAGGCUACCCCCCCCCCCAAUGUGUCCAAUCCCCACCGCACAGGCUUCUCUCCCUGCAUCCCUCUCUGGGCGCAGCACGCCAUUGCCUGGCAGGAGGACUUUGUCUGCUGUUCACAGGCCCCCCCCCCUUCCCGGGUGCCCAAGACCACCAUCCUGGCCAGGCCUGUGACCAUUCGAUACCCGUGUCCCCGUAAGUUCUCUAACAACCAAAUAAAAUUCUAGCAAUAAAAGUGAUCACUCCAAGAGCUGUAUAUAUCAUACCAUAAGGCUUGUGUAUGUCUACACCUGCAAGGGUUUGGUUUUGUUUGAACUGUUUUGAAAACUGAUUUCCAUUAAACACACCUAAGGAGGCAAUGCAGGCUGCCCUUAAUUCAGAGCCGUUGGUCAUGGAUGAGUGGAGAGCCCUUGGGUAGUUCUUAGUUAAAAAGUCAGUUAAUGUGCCUCCUCCAGGCCCAGCAGCAGGUGACAGCCCCGCCCCCCAUCACCACCCUCCAGGGUAUAGCUGUGCAAGUGCCCCGGGAACCUGGCUCUUCAUAUACUUUACCUUCUCACCUCUGUGGCCCCACUGAAUCUCCUGCCUUCAGUUCCCCGAUUCUGAGUUUGAUUGAGGAGCCACACGUGGAAAGUGAGGCAGAAUAGGAUUGACGUAGGGGGGGGGGGCGCUUCUUGCCUGUGAACUGGCCAGUUCAGGGAAGGGAGGUCAUUGAGGGAUAGUGUCAUAUCUCAGGUGUAUUGCCCAGAGGAGAGGUGGGGCUGGGGCAUGGGGGGGGGGGGGCAGUGUCCCUUGCUUCAUUAGAUGUGAUCCAUCCCUGGACUAGCCCCUCACAGGCCAUGGUCAAAGCACGUCUCUGCCAAGUAACUGAAUCAGCCGCUGACCUCCCCCAUUUCUGUCUCACCCCCUCUCUCCCCUUCAUCUGUGUCUCCCUCUCUCACUGUCCCUCCUUCCCCCAUCUCUUACUCUCUGUCUCCUUCCUUCCCUGUCUCUCUCCCUCUGUCUCUAUCUCUCACACACACAGACCCCUUGGCAUGUGCCCCUACUCUCCUAUUGGAGCCACAUUUGGCAGAGCACGGGCCAUCUUGUCCUUGGUCAUCUCCUUUAUCACUCUCAUCUUGAGAUGGGUGGGUGUCUUCUGUCCCUGGAGGUGGUUGGCCCACACUCAGAGAGGGGAUGGAUGUUUCCUGCUUUUGGGCUGGCUUUAAGGGUCCCCAUCCCAGACAGGAGCCUUGCACUUUAAUAACAUGUAACAAGUUUGAAUUUCUCUAAAUAAAACGUAUUUCCUCCUUUU